CCUUACCUGUUCUCCUGUAGAGCAUUUGAGGAGUCAGUGAAAGGUCAGCGUGUUGGGAGCCUGGUGAGACGCGAGGAGCGUGGCCCUGGAAAUGAGGUCUCCUGGGAAAGAAGAGCCCCGCCCCCCAGGCAACAGAGAUGCCUCUGAGAGUCAGCCUGGCGGGGUGGCAGAGCCCCAGGCUUCGGAAUCCCUGCUGGGAACAUCCGAAUCGAGUGAGUCAGAGUUUUCCCAGGCGGACUCAGGACUCUCCCCUUCAGGACAAACCUCAGUCUCUUCCGGAAUGAUCUGGUCUUUGGCACCCGAAGAGUCAGGGGCCCAGAUCUCGAAUGCUCAGGCCUGGGAGAUGUACAAUUUAGAGACCCAGGCCAGGGUUGGGCAAUACCCCCAAAGUUCUAUAAUGGAGAUGACACCUAUCUCAGUCCUGAAAUCGAAACCCUCAAAGGAGCAGGGGCAAGUGGCACAGCGAGAAGAGAGCACUGACUUCUUUGCUCGUCCUCUCUGGCCUCGGAAGAUCGAGUACAUCCUGGCUGUGAUGGCCUACAUGAUGAGGCCAGCCAAUCUCUGGCGCUUUGUCUACCUGUGGCUUCACAAAGGAGGUGUCAGCUUCUUUGUCAUCUAUAUCCUCAUGCUGACGUUUGUGGGGACCCCUCUGCUCUUCCUGGAGAUGGCAGUUGGCCAAAGGAUGCACCAGAACAGCAUGGAUUCAUGGAGGAUCAUUGCCCCCUGGGCUGGUGGCGUGGGCUACGCCAGCUUUAUAAUGUGUUUUGUCUCGUGCACAUACAUGAAUGUGGUGAACGCCUGGAUCCUCUUCUACCUGAGCCACAUCUUCCAGUUCCCUCUUCCAUGGGAGAAAUGUCCCUUAAUGAAGAAUUCCAGUGACUUUGAUCCUGAGUGUGCACAGACGACACCCUCCAUGUACUUCUGGUACCGAGAGACCCUGCAGGUCUCAGACAAGAUUGAGGAAGGCGGGCCACUGGUCCUGAGCCUCAGCCUGCCCUUCUUUGUGUCCUGGUGUGUUGUGGGGGCCUUCAUGAUCAAGGGGCUCCAGUCCUUAGGGAAGGGCCUGUUUAUCUUGCUGUCACUUUCCUAUGUCAUUCUUUUCUGCUUCUUCAUCUGGAGUCUACAACUGGAAGGGGCAAAACAUGGCCUUAAAUACUUGCUGGUUGCCAAGAUGUCAGCUGUGUAUGACCUGCACGUGUGGUCAUUAGCAGGGAGUCAAGCGCUGACUGAUCUUGGCCUAGGCUUUGGUCCCAUUGCCUGCUUGUCCUCCCACAUGCCUCAGUCUAACAACUGUCUCUACAAUGCCUUUGUCAUGGCUCUGAUCAACCUGGCCACUUUGUUCCUCACAAUACCUUUCAUCCUGUCUGUCCUGGGCUUCUGGGCAACAGUCCUCAACCACCGCUGCACUGAGAAGAACAUGGAAAAGCUCUUGAUGCUGGUGACAAUGGGAGUACUGCCUCCUGAGGCUCAGCCCCCUGCCAACCUGCACAGCGACCCCACUUCCACCUACAAUUCGUGGCUCAGUGGCCUGAACCCGAACAUCAAGAACCUGGUGCUCAGUAAGGUGUCCAAGUGCAACAGAGAGGAGUGGAUUCUGCAGGUUAAGGAAGGCCCUGACUUUGCUUUCCUGUCCUUUAUUGAAGUUGCAUCCUUCCUUCCUCGGUCGAUUUUCUGGUCUGUCCUCUUCUUACUGAUGGUGCUGUUGCUGGGCUUGAGCACCAUGGUAGGACUUACCCAGGGCCUCAUUGGCCCUCUCCAGGACUCCUCCUCUUUCUUCAGGCAACAAACCAAGCUGCUCACAGUGAGCGUCUGUGUGCUGAUGUUCCUGAGCGGACUCUACUUCACCCGCCCCUCUGGUGUUUAUUUCAUCAGACUGCUGAGUGAAUACUGGACACCCAUGCCUAUCAUAUUCAUCAUAAUCUGUGAAAACAUUGCUGUGGCCUGGGCCUGUGGGGCCAGGAGGUUUCUCAGAGACAUGGUCCCUAUGCGUAACUUAAUCAUCCGCUUCUAUAGCUGGGUGUGGACCUACCUGACUCCAGUCGUACUGCUUGUUGCAUUUCUGGCCAUCCUGGUCAGGUGCUUCACGAAGCCCAUCACCUACCUGGCCUGGAACGCCAGCAGUGCGACAGAGGUUACUCGACAGUACCCAUCCUGGGUGCUGAUCUUGAUGUUUGUUCUUCUCUUCGUGGUCAUCUCCCCCAUCCCUGUGUACAUCUUCUACUGCCUCGCCAAUGGGAUUCCCUUCAAGCGUGGCAGUGGGCAAAAGCGUUCGAAAUCCUCCACAUCCCUACAGCGAAGGCGCCAGAUAAAGCCCAGAAGCUGCGAGGCAGGCGCCCCCUGGCGGACACCGCCGCCGGCCGAGGCCGAGGAGCUGGGGUGA